AUGCCCGAUAUAGUAGCCGAUGAUGCACUGCUGCCCCGCUAUAGCCGAUCCGAGAACUUGAAUCACCGAUUCAGUCAACAGAUACGGCGUGUGAGCAAAACUUCAUCUCUCACGGGCUCUCUCUUCAAUAUGAGUUUUCAACACUUCCACCCAGCCUUUCAGGACAUCUUGGGACCAAAUCCAGAGAUCAAGCCUCACCUCGAAAACACCAUCUACCCCUUCGCCCACGAAGCAGGCGUGUACAUUGCAUCAAAGAGCCAGUUAUUCAUCACCAGCAACCGAAUCCACACAAACGAUGGUGAACAGAGGAUUCAGAUCUCGAAGAUCCAACUCGACAAAAAUGACAGGACCAUCUGUACCCAAGAGGAAAUCCACCCUGAUAUCCCUAUGGCGAACGGUGGUGUGAACCACCAAGAUGGUGUCCUAUUCUGCAGCCAGGGAACACAUGACCGACCCUCUAGCCUGAUACACAUGGAAACCGAUGCUCCCUACAAAUGCACCACCAUCAUCGACAGCUUCCAUGGCCGACAAUUCAACUCUCUUAAUGAUGUUGUUAUCCACAGCGAUGGAUCCAUUUGGUUCACGGAUCCAAUCUAUGGAUUCAAGCAGGGCUUCCGUCCUACGCCUCAGUUGCCAGCACAAGUUUAUCGAUAUGAUCCCUCAACCAAGUCUAUUCGGGUCGUUGCAGAUUCAUUUGGAAGACCGAAUGGCAUUUGUUUCUCACCAGAUGAGAAGACUGUUUACAUUACUGAUACGGAUAGUGUCCAAGGUGAUGGGACUGUUGAUUUGUACCGCCCUUCUACGGUUUACGCUUUCGAUGUUGUCCAUUAUCAUGAGCAGCCCUUUUUGACAAACCGUCGAGUGUUUGCUAUGGCAGAUAACGGUAUCCCUGAUGGAAUCAAGUGUGACUUGCAGGGGAACGUUUACAGUGGAUGUGGGGAUGGCAUUCAUGUCUGGUCUCCCGGUAGUGUCUUGCUUGGGAAGAUGAUUAUUCCAGGAGGGGUCGCCAAUUUUUGUUUUGAGCAUCCGGGCAAGAUACUUGCAUUAAAUGAGACACGCUUAUGGAGGGUAUCUUUUGAUCCAUCUGUUAGAGGGGCACUCUUGCGUCUCUAG